CACAGGUGACUGCACGUUGAGCAGCGUGGCUGUACCUGCCAACAGACUCGGAACGAGCAACAACGACAGGCAGCGCGAAGCCUCAUGAGGUGUGCUUCGGUGUGGCUGCACCCAGAUACCAAUCUUUGGUCAAGGGGCUAAAGGAGCAACCACAUCAUGUCACAAACCCCUGUCGGUCCACAGUCUGAGGCCGGCGACGUGGGACGGCCACCCUAUUUGGCUGACUACGACGAAUAUGGCCGAGGGUUCGGCAGACACAAGCAUGGGAAGUAUAUCUUCCCAGUUGAUGAGGGAGAAAGACGACGCAUGGAUCUUGUGCAGAAAGUAUUCCUCAUGGUGAAAGGUGGCCUCGAAUACGAGUUCCCUGCAGCAGCAGCCGACGCAGCUAAGAUCCUGGAUCUCGGGUCAGGCACGAGCAUCUGGGCUUGCCAGAUGGCCGAGAGGUACCCAAACGCCCAUGUCAUGGCUGUUGACUUGCACAACAGCUCCCCACGCAUGAUCCCUCCUAAUGUUGAGGUAAAGCAACACGAUCUCGAGGAUCCAGACUGGAGUCCGCUCAUGAUGGAUUGCGACAUGGCACACAUCCGCUUGUUGCUGGGGGCGAUAGAAACUGACAUGUGGCCCCGCGUAUACCAGAACGUGUUCAGGCACCUCAAACCUGGAUAUGGCUUUAUCGAGCAGACGGAGAUCGACUGGCGGCCAGGGUUUGAGCACGAGCGGCCACAGCCCUCGUCGGCGCUCGAAGAGUGGUGCGAGGGGGUCCUGUCCGGGCUCGAGCGCGCCAACCGAAGUGCACACAUCCGACCAGGGCACACAAGACGGAUGCUGGCAGAAGCGGGUUUUGAGCACAUUGAGCAGGUUGUCGUCCGCCUCUACCUCAGCCCCAGCCCGGCCGCGGCCGCAGACGACCAGCGCGAGCUAUCAAAAUGGUUCAACCUGGUCGUGACGCAGGGCUUUGAGGCCAUGGCUCUCGUGCCCAUGAUCCGCUAUGGCUCGGCUGUUGAUCCGGACCAAAUAGAGGAUCUGGCCCAGCGAGCGACGACUGAAGCCUGCACCCUCAAGUAUGGAGCUUACAUGAACGCCUACAUAUGGAGAGCACGCCGACCUCUGGGCACUUAGGUGUCCCAAGGUCAAACGGAUGCGGAGGCGCAGGCAUUGUACGUCCCUCGACGCAAGACGAUGCGGAAUACAGCUCUCAAUGGGCUCGGGGUU